AGAGAGAAGUCGCUGGUAUAAAAGAGAAUUGCUUUCCAAAAGUAAAGUAGUUUCUGUCCAACUCGACAGCACUGAGCAUGUUGUGUAAAGAUUUGAUUCUGCUGGUUCUCAUCACUGCGCCACUCGGUUGGCGAGUAUCUCACAGUCAUCGUCAUUGUACGAUCUAUGACGACUUACUGCGCCGUGAAGUCCUCUACGACUGCUCGGGUAGGAAGCUUCACGGCGUUCCAGUGGACAUCCCGGCCAAUGUCACGGCGAUCGAUUUAUCCUACAAUCGAAUCACAAGGAUAACGCCGGGUAAUUUUGGUCGUCUUCGUAAUCUCAGUCGUUUAGACCUGUCGGACAAUCGCAUAGGAAAACUUGAGUUGGGUGCGUUUACAGACGUACCCAAACUACGCAUGUUGAAUCUUCGAUCUAACUACUUAAGAAUGGAUUACGAGUCACUUCCACGAGGCGUUUUUAAAAACCUAUCACAAUUACAAUGGUUAGACUUAAAAAACAACACCAACCGUUACCCAAAACCGAAAGAAAACUACCCUGACGAGACCCUCAAAGACCUGACGGGUUUAACAGAAUUAUAUGUGGACGGACUAAAUAUGGAGAAUUCUGUUCUUGGCCCAGGGUUCGCUUCUCUAAAAACAUUGAGUUUGUUGGAUUUUUCUGGAGAUAAUGGACGCUGCAACCUAAAGAAAUUAAGCAAAAAUGUAUUUUACAAUUUACGUAAUUCACAGUUGGAGUAUCUCGACCUGGCGUAUUGUGAACUGUAUAAGAUUGAUAAUUUUACUUUCUCUUUUCUUCAAACAAUCAAGACUCUUGAUAUUUCAGGUAACAAAUAUCUUGGAUUAAAUAGACUGGGGGGAGUUUUUUAUGGAUUACAAAAUUCAUCUUUGGAGCGUCUAAUAUUAAAUGCAACAACGUCCCGGGAAAGUAGGACGUACAUGUUGUACAGUAGUCGCGUAUUCCAUUAUCUCCAGAACAUUACAACAUUAAAACAUUUAACUCUGGACAGUAACUCCAUAUCGGAUCUUGAAUCAAACACGCAUGUGUACUUGGAACAUUUAGAAACUUUAUCUCUUUCUGACAACAUUUUUCUGAACGCAAUCAUGCCAGCGUUUGACUUGAGCCAUUUGCAACAUCUAAAGUACCUCAACUGGAGCUGGACAUUUAGAUCUAAACCUGAGGUACAGCUUAAACAAUUAGAACGUGGAGAGUUCACGUUUACUAUUAUUUCCGCCCCCAAUUUAGAGGUAGCUGACUUAAAUAACAACGACUUGCAAUAUCCGCUCAACCACAUCAUUGUUCAUAACGCUACGUCUCUCAGGUUUCUUAACUUAUCAAACAAUAAUUUCUAUGAAUGGAAUGGACCAUGGGAAGUAUUAGAUAACUCGUUUCGAAAGAUGCAUACUCUAGACCUCUCAGGUAAUAACUGUAGAAAAAUCAGUGAGACGUUCUUAUAUAAUUUUUCUACAACCCAUGUUUUACAUCUACAGAAUAAUAGGCUGGGGUAUUCUGACACUAUAGCAAAUGGUUCACACACAAGUCCUUUUGGGUGGCUUGUCAAUUUGACGUAUGUGGAUAUAUCUUCCAACGAAAUGGAAAAGUUAUCCCCAAAUUUGUUCAACAAUAAUACCAAGCUACAGACAAUGAUGUUGAGAAACAAUUAUCUUACUUCGGAUGGAUUAAACCUUGACUUAAAAAACAUAUCUUUCUUGGAUCUCGCCUACAAUAAACUGGGUUCUCUGAAUGCCAAAAUGAGGUCUGUAUUAGACGACGUCCAAACACGAGAAAAGUUGGUCAAUGUGGUCGUAAAUUUGGCGGGAAAUCCGUUGCAGUGCACAUGUGAAACUGAACAAUUUUUCGUCUGGAUGCAAAAAACAAAAGUACAAUUUGUCGGUCAAGAUGACUAUCAAUGCACCCUAAAAAAUGGAAGCAUCGUUAGUAUAAAACAACUUUCUGCAAUCGUUGGACACCUCAAAGUCACGUGCGCUUCUAAAUUUACUUUGACACUCGUGUCUGUUGUUGUUUCACUUGUUAUCAUUACUGUUGUCGCGUCUGCGGUGUAUUACAGAUUCAGAUGGGAAAUUAAGUAUUUCUUUUAUAAAUUACGAAUAAGACGCAAAGAAUACGAAGAAGUUCAUGGAGAUGAUAACUAUCAAUAUGACGCUUUCGUGGCAUUUAGCAAGGAAGACUACAAGUGGGUGUACAGACAACUGCGACCCAAUCUAGAAGACGCAGAAGCCGAGCAAGACCGACUCCGUUUAUGUCUUCAUCAUCGUGACUUCCUACCUGGUGAAGACAUCGAGGAAAACAUUAUCCAAUCUAUUUCACAAAGCAGAAAAACAGUUUUGGUGAUAAGCCGAAAUUUCGUGCGCAGCAACUGGUGCUACUUCGAAAUGAAAAUGGCGCGCAUGCGAUUGUUUGAAGAGGGAAAAGACGUCCUUGUUCUGAUUUUGUUGGAGGACAUUCCAUUCCGUGAAAUGAAUGACACCCUGUUUCAUUUGUUUAAAUCAAAAAGUUAUUUGGAGUGGCCUGACAACCAAAGAGAUCAAGACGUUUUUUGGAAAAAGAUAAGAAUGGUACUGAAAAGAAAUAAUGACGGGGUUUAAAUCAGAACAAUUGUUUCUAAAAUAUUGCGCUUAUUCAACCUUUUAAUGAUGCAUGCGUUGUUUAUUGGAAAGAUCUUCCUGCCUUCAAACACGACUUCUUAUUUACUUUUUAAUAAUGAAACAGGUGGUAUUUGCACUGAUUCCAAUUUUGUAAUUCAGAUCAGUAAUGAUUACAAUGUACUAUCAGAGGUAUGUUGGGUAAGGACGUCUUUUUUUUUCAAAAAUUUUCGCUCGUCAAAAAUCUGCACUCAAUUAGUUAGAAGAAUAUUUAUGCAUAAAUUUGGAAACAUCUCACUGUGAUCCUGAGAGGGGAUACUGCAAUGCACUCUAGAAAUAAGUAAUAUAAUCUUUUUUAGUAUAGUGAAGUGUAGUUGAGUUGAGUUUAGUAUUAUAUUGUAUAGUUAUACUUAUUCCAGCACAACUUGAUUGAAGACAACUACGCACUUUAAAUAUAUAAUUGCAAAAUACUUUAUCUAUGAACUAUUCUCU